CGUUUCAGUCGAGAUUUAUCGGUCAGGCCGGUAAAGUGGUGGAAAGCGGGCUGCGGGCUUAGUGGAGUUUAGUCGCCACUAGCCAACAGUUACUUCGUUGCACCACUGUGUUCCGUACACACUACGAAUAUUACGAAUAUUACGGCCUUUUUAUUUUUACAGACAUCUUCCAAUCUCAAGUAGUUUGAACGAGGAUUUGAACGCGAAGACGAGAGAAAGAAAGAGUGAGAAAAAAAGAGAGAAGUGAAACAUGGCGGAGAAAAUGUACUACCCCAAUUUGGAGCUCGCUAGAGAGGCGCACUGCGCUAGCAUGGAACAAUACAAGCGAAUGCACGAAAAAUCUAUAAAGGAGCCGGCGCAAUUCUGGGGUGAAAUCGCCAAACAAUUUUAUUGGGAAACGCCAGCGAUCGAAGACAAGUUUUUCUCGUACAACUUCGAUCUGAGUAAAGGUGACAUUUUCAUAAAGUGGAUGGAGGGAGCGUCGACAAAUAUAAGCUUCAAUCUACUCGAUAAAAAUGUAAAGAGCGGAAAUGGUGAUAAAAUAGCAUUUUACUGGGAAGGAAACGAUCCGGAAGAUUAUUCGCGACUGACGUAUAGAAAGUUGCUCGAAGAGACGUGUAGGUUUGCGAAUGUUCUAAAAUCGAAAGGUGUCUCUGUGGGGGACAAAGUGGUGAUUUAUAUGCCGAUGAUUUUGGAGCUACCGAUCGCCAUGCUGGCUUGCACGAGGAUAGGAGCGAUUCACAGCGUGGUGUUUGCAGGAUAUUCAUCUGAUUCGUUGGCGGAACGUAUCCUCGAUUCUAAGGCCAAGGUUCUCAUUACUACAGAUGGCGUGUGGAGAGGCGAGAAAUUACUUCUGUUGAAAAAUAUCUGCGACGAAGCUGUGGCAAAGGCCAAGAAGCAUGGUCAUCAACUUGAAAGCUGCAUUGUCGUUGCGCAUCUGAGAAGACUCAACAAUCUUCAGGGUAAGAUGAAGGGAGUGAAUGGCACUAGCAACGGUACAUCCAUGGAUAUCGCCAAUGUUUCUUGGGACGAUGAUCGAGACGUUUGGUGGCAUGAUGAGAUGGAGGAUGCGGAAGCGAGCUGUUAUCCAGUUUGGAUGGCUGCCGAGGAUCCACUUUUUAUCCUUUAUACGAGCGGCUCUACUGGAAAACCAAAGGGCGUUCUCCAUACUACCGCGGGAUAUCUGAUCUAUGCGGCAACAACUUUUAAAUAUGUUUUCGACUAUCAUCCAGGUGAUAUUUAUUGGUGUACCGCCGAUUGUGGCUGGAUCACAGGACAUACUUAUGUGGUUUACGGUCCGUUGGCGAAUGGCGCAACAUCCGUUAUAUUUGAGGGUACACCCUUCUAUCCAGAAAAUGAUCGAUAUUGGUCUAUCAUCGAUAAGUACAAGGUCACGCAAUUUUAUACGGCACCAACGGCCAUUAGAUCACUAAUGAAGUUUGGUGAUGAACUUGUGAAAAAGCACAGUUUAUCCACACUUAAGGUCCUCGGUUCAGUCGGUGAACCGAUCAAUACCGAGGCUUGGCUUUGGUUUUAUAAUCUCGUUGGCCACAGCAAGUGCAGUAUAGCAGAUACGUUUUGGCAAACGGAAACUGGUGGUCAUGUGAUUACACCGUUACCAGGUGCUACACCUAUGAAGCCAGGCUCUGCGACGUUUCCUUUCUUCGGAGUUUUGCCGGAGCUUCUUGACGAGGAUGGUCGUGUGAUUGAAGGCGAAGGAGAGGGAUACCUCGUUUUCCGUCGACCGUGGCCGGGUAUGAUGCGGACCCUUUAUGGAAAUCACCAACGUUUUCAAAAUACAUACUUUGAUCGAUUCAAUGGAUUUUAUUGUACGGGGGAUGGAGCGAGACGCGAUGCAAAUGGGUAUCUGUGGGUGACUGGUCGUAUCGACGAUAUGUUGAACGUUUCCGGUCAUUUAAUGUCAACGGCUGAAGUGGAAAGUGUGUUGGCGGAACAUUCUUCGGUGGCUGAAGCUGCAGUAGUCAGUAAAUCGCAUCCUGUUAAAGGUCAAUGUCUAUAUUGUUUCAUAACUCCGAACACAGGGAUGACAUUCGACGAAAAAUUGCAAGUCGAGCUUAAAAAGAAAGUACGCGAAAGGAUUGGUCCAUUUGCUCAACCGGAUGUCAUCCAACAUGCUCCGGUUCUACCGAAAACAAGAUCCGGCAAGAUUAUGAGACGUAUGUUGAGAAAAAUUGCAGCAGGCGAUAGGAAUAUCGGAGACACGUCAACAUUGGCCGAUGAAACUGUUAUUCAACUUCUAUUUGAAUUAAGGCCGUGUGUUUAAGACACAUAUUUCUUCUAAUAUAGGAAAAUGAAAGUAUCUUGAAAGAAUUUUUCGUGUCGAUCGUUUGCUGAAUAUCGGAAGCAUAUCGCACGAUUUCCGAGAAAUUUUAUGAUAUAAAAAGUAAUAGAUUGCACACUGAAGUUGAUAUAUAUGUAUUUGCACGAUAUCGGAGACGCGCACUUUUCAGUAUCUUAUCGUAUAUUCAGUCAUCAAUUUAACAAUUACGAACGUACAAAAUGUAUGAAACUGUUCUUUUAUCGAUCGAAUUAAUCUGACAUAGUCAUUUUAAUAUUAUCAUUCAAAAUUUUCAAGCCAAAAUGAAAAUUAUUCUUUGGAUAUGUCUCUUUAUUUUCCACAUUUCCCUUUUAAAUAGAUCAAAGAGACGUAUCCAAGGAAUAUUGUUAAUAUAAUUAAUUAAAUUAUUGGUCGCUCUCCUCAAGGAAUUGCUUCGGCUACGAUACAUAUCCUAUGUAAGCAUCGUCAGUAAGUAGCCCAAGUGUCCUUUUUUAUUAAGUCCAAUGUUAAGUUUGAAAUUAAUCGCAAGACAAAAAACGCUCAAUACAGAUAAAUUAUAACAAACAGCACGAUAACAGAACGCUGGUUGCACCAUUACUAACAACUGUUAUUUAAGACAAAUGUAGUAAUUUAAUAGACAAAUGUAGUACAUAGUUGCAUAUUUGCCGAUGCAUCAUUACUAUAUGAUGAUGCGAAAAAGAAAUUUUGCUUUCUGCUAUUUAAUGUGUAUGUGUGCGUGCGUGCGUGCGU